AUGGGCGAUCUACCCGUACCACCACCGCAGCAGUAUCCAAACGGUGCCCGAAGACCACCAUCCAGUGCCCCCUCCUCCCCACAGCGGAAAAUGCUGGACGACCUGGUCACGCACUUCACCGUCAAACUGGACGACGUCGAGCAGCACAGGUGGUGGACCCUGGUCACCCCGGCGUUCAGCCACGUCCAGACAUACCACAUCCUGGGCAAUCUGUUCGCCUUCUCGACGUUUUCGCGCAUGCUCCUCGCCUACGGCAUCGGGCCCGUGCGGUACGGUGUGCUGAUUCUGGGCUCUGCCGUGUCGGGUAACGUGGCGUUCCUGUACCAGGCCGAGCAGAGACAGCAGCAGCGGCGACAACAACAACAACAAGAAACGAGAGCGCUCGGCCUCUCCGGCGUCGUCAUGGGCCUCGGCGCCGCCGUCUCGCUCGCCACCCCGCGCUUCAAGGUCCACCUGUUCGGCGUCGUCCCCAUCCCCCUCUGGCUACUGAUGGUACUCUACACCGUCUACGACUCGGCGCGGCUCGACGACCAGGCCUCGACGACCGGCCACGCGGCACAUUUGGGCGGUGCGGCUUUUGGCGUCCUGUACUACGUCGCCGCGCUGCGGGGCCGGGCUGGCUUGCCGUUUGCGUGGGUUUUUAGACGUUGA